AUGUGUUCGCAGAACGAGAGAGUUCAAAGUUCAACGUGGAAGGAGUUGUCUGUUAUUGAGCUUUCAUUGCAAUCAUUUGUCUCAAUGUUGGAAGGAUUACACGUUAGGUGGUUUACUGAUAGCCAAGUAGCUGCUAAGAUUGUUGAAGUGGGCAGCAUGAAAUUAGUUUUGCAUAAGAUGGCCCGAAGGAUUUUUGAUAUUUGUAUUCGAUCGGGGAUUCAUUUAGAAGUGCAAUGGAUCCCUCGCACUUCGAAUCAGCAAGCUUAUUUUAUAAGUCGUUUAAUUGAUACUGAUGAUUGACAAGUUAUUGAAGAAUUUUUUCUUUUUUUCGAUGGCAGGUGGGGCCCGCAUAGUGUUGAUUGUUUUGCUAAUUAUUAUAAUCACAAGCUCCCCAAAUAUUUUCGAGGUUUUGGAACCCGAACACUUCGGGUGUUGAAUUUUUCUUUCAGUCUCUUCGAGGAGAAAAUUGCAUAGUAGUCCCUCCAGUUGGUAUCGUCCCACGCGUAUUGCAUUAUUUGAAAUAUCAGCAGGCCGUUGGUACGCUCGUUGUACCUCUUUGGCCAUCGGCUCAUUUCUGGCCUUUAAUUACACACAAGUAUAGCAGUUAUCUUGUGGCUCACAUUAUUCAUAUCAGCAAUGAGGUUCUAACCCGCGGAAGAAACCUUAAUUUGCUCUUUGGGUCUGAUAUAUGAUAAGAAAUAUUAUUGCCUCUGGAUUGAAAUUUACUGAGUAAUCCAUUGGACGGUGUGUCCAUUAGCCUAAUGAUUAUUUACAUUUGGUGGCGCUGGCCAAAGCAACGUCUUGUUUAUAUAUGCGGCACUGGCCUAAUUAAUAGUCUAUCAUUGCAUGUGGCGCUGUCCUAAACAGCGUAUAGUUCAUUUAUGUGGCGCUGGCCCAAUCAAUGGUUUUUGAUUUACGGGGCACUGGCCCAUACAAUGGUCUAUCGUCUUAUGUGACACUGGCCCCAACAAUGGUCGAUCUUUGUACGGUUAUUAAAGGAUGUUCUUUUUUGUUGUUUUAGUAUAUAUGCUUUGUUCUUGUCUUUCCAGGUAAUCUUAUCAAGUAAUUCCUGGAAAGGCUCUCAACAAUUUUCUUCAAUCAACGUUUAUGAGGUUUUAGAAGUUAUGUUGAGGUCCAGGGCGGAUACAACUACUAAAGCCUACGUUCGCGUUAUUAGAAAGUUUUUGGAGUGGUCUAAAAGUAGACAUUUCAACAUGCAGUUAUCUUUUCCUCUUAUUGUUGUUUCUCUAUAUUUAUUUGAAGUUCAGCAGUCUAGCACCUCUAGUUCCUCAGUAAUUUUAUAGCCCAUGCUGCCCUUAAAUGGUUACAUUCUUUUGCCCCUAGUUUGGAUCGUAAUCCUUUGGAUAGUGAAUUUUGCAGGAACAUUAUCGAAUCUGCUAAACGCACGCCAGAAAUCACAGCCAGUUAUGAAAAAGAAGCUUAUUACCACAGACAUCAUAAGGAGUAUUUUAGAUUUUCACGACAAGAAAGAUGCUAAUUUAAAGAAUCUUCGCAUCGCUGCGUUAGGCUCUUUAGCUUUUGCAGGAUGUUUUCGUUACGACGAAUUAUGCAAUAUCGUUCCUAAACAUAUUGAAUUUCACAGCGAUUAUAUAAGAAUCUUUGUACCUCGUAGUAAGACAGAUGUUUAUAGCGAAGGGAAUUUCGUCUUAACUAGUGCAUCCAGGUCUAAGUACUGUCCUGUUAGUGUUUUACAACGGUUUUCAGAUUUAUCUGGUAUUGACUUAUGUAGUCCUCUUCCUUUAUUUAGACCAACUGUUUUUCACCGUAGUAGUUCUAGCUAUACCCUGAGAAGUGGAAAGAUUUCUUACACUACUUGUAGAGAUAUCGUAAGGGAUACCUUAAGUCAGCUGGGUUACAACCCUAAUGAUUAUGGUCUUUAUAGCUACUUUAAGAUCCGGUGGUAUUACAUCUGCGGUACGUAACAGUAGUAAAUCGAUUCCAGGAAGACUUCUUAAAAUACUUGGUAGAUGUAAAUCUGAUUCUGCCGAGGAUAUAUAUGUUGAAGAAAGCCUUGAAAACAGGUUACAAGUAACUAAGUAUUUAUGUCUGUAAUGUAUUACCGAGCGUAUAUUAAUUUCUGGAUGGAGUGGUAUGUAAAGAAUUUUAAAAAAAGAACAACAACAAUAAUUUCUUUUUUGCAAUCCACUCUGUAUUAGUACCUAUCUAUCUUAUAAUAAAGUGUUUUGGAUCCGCUUGCGCAUCCUACCAUAUUUCUCGUGUGAUUUGUUCGUAUUACGGGAAUUUAAGGGUAAAAUGAUUUACGUUAGUUUGAGCGAAGCGAAUUAGAACGUAAAUUAAGCAAAUUUCAUGGAUCAUGAGAUGUCUAUUGAAGGAGAAGAAGUGUUUUAAUAAAGUGAAGAAGUGUUUUAAUAUUACGAUUUGUCUCCAGAAUUAACAGCUGCAUGUAGCCAGCAUAGCCUCCUUCUGUUGUCUAUUUUGCAAUUUGCAAUUUAAGUAGUGCCCUGGAAGUUCACAACUUUAGCAAAUGCGCAUAGUGAGUUCUUUUACCAUCAGUUUCCUUUCCUGUUUUUUUUUUUGGCAAGGUUGGGUUGAACGUGUUGGUAUUUUUCUUCUGUACUUACCUAUGAUCUGCCAGGUGUUUCGUUCAAAUCACGGCUUUCUAAGUAAUAGCCAAAGAGACGAGACUUUGGGGUUGCUUUUCCGCUCCCUGACUUCUAUCAGUAAUUCUCUGGCCUAAAUGAAAUGUUUCUCAGGAACUUGGAUUUGUAUUCCAUUUAAACGUGACAUUUAAUUAUCUUUGCAUGGAACAAUCUCUUUUAAUCCUUGGAUGCUCCUCCUUUGAGUUUUAGUCUAUCUACGCGGUAGUCAAACUGUUGUUUCGGAUAUGGCCACUUGGAUUUGUAUUCCAUUUAAACGUGACAUUUAAUUAUCUUUGUAGAGCUUCCAAUACGAUCACUAUUAGAGUGAAAGUCGUGACUUGAAAUGAUAAUCAAAGGUUUUUAUUUCAUUUCCUUUCAGAAUGCUUGCGUAAACAUAUUUUACCUUUCCUGUACUUGGCUUGGAUCUGGUAGUCUUUUUUGAAACGCGCUAAUUUUGACGCUUUUUGCACUAAAAUAACAACUUUUUGGAACAAAUUUCGGACUAUUUUCGCUUUCCGAAACCUAACUUUAAUUAUAACGAUCCCAAAGAUAGCGAUAAUCAAUGUAAUUAGUAGCGUUGAGUAAACUAUCCAUCGAUCGUAACACAGGGUUUAAUAAACAACUAAAGUAAAAUAAAAGUCUACCUUAUUCGUCAGAGUUGCUUUUUUUCCUGAACUAUAUUGUCGAGUUUCUACCGCCUCCUCAUACGUCUGAUCUGUCUGUUUUAUUUAGCCCUUUAUGCGUCGUUCCCAAUGUCAUUAUAAAGUUCGACGAUAUGAUUUACUAUGCUUCCAAAGAGAACUUCACCGUAAUGCAUGCCUAUGCCACAUAUUUAAAACUCCUGCCAGUAGUUGCUUUGAAUGUUUGUGUCAAGGCAAACCAUGCUUUACCCCUCCAUCUACUUGCGAUGCACUGCGUGUCGGCACCUGUGUCAGCUGGGUGUAUUUUACGAAGCUUAGGCUGUUCCUAGCCCUCCUCUUGUAGAUAUUCAUAAGACCCAUACUCGUCGCUCACAGGCACGUCGGUACACCUCCAAAAUUUGAGCGCGAAUGAUGGCCAAAAUGAGUUUCGUUAUUCCUGUUCUUCUUGGACAACUGCCGGGGCAUUUUUGCAAAACGCCGAAUGACCCUGAAGUUUAGUUAUGAGGGUUAGGAAACUGAGUGAAGCAGCUUUCAUUUAAGUCCGCUCCCAAAGCUCUUGCACAGUUAACAGAAGUUGUGACGGCAGCUUAUGUUUUCCUUACGCCACUCUAUGUACCGGCUGCGAUCAUGAUCCACCAGUAUUCUGGAGAGCGUUUUAAAAAUUUAAUUGAGCCAUACUAAACAUGAAAGUUGACCAAGUCCGUGACAAGUGUAAUACAAGAGAGGAGUGUUUGUGAAGCUUGUGCGUGCUUGUUAUUGCCUGAAGAGAUGCAUGUUUUCGUGGAUAUGAUACAAGCAAAAGCGUGAAUAAUUUACAUUAAUACACAUUUCAGUUCAGGGGCACCCAACGGGAAAUUUUGAGAAAAGGACCUAAAAACAACAACAAAGCGUGAUUAAAGUUUUCUGAGACUAUUUUAAGCAUUUUGGGAAAUUGCUGGAAAAAAUUAUCUGUUCCUCACUCCCAGCAAGACUGAUGGAAGCUAAGAGUUCCCAGCCAGCAACCUUACAACCUGCAACCUGACUUACUAGGAAGUUUCAUAGGGCACAAUUCAGAUCUUGAGUGGUAAGUAAUCGAUACAAGUAACCCGUGGCAGCUAUUCUAGACUUCAAAUCUCCUCUGACACCCUGAAUUAUCUUUUUCCCAGCAACACUUUCCUUCCAAGGACUAUUAUUUCUUCCACAUCUCCCAGCCAGCAAAAAUGUGCCUGAAGAACAGAUAUUUUGAGGAACAGAUCAAUUGGGUGCCCCUGUCAGUUCUUUUGUUAUGUAUAUUUGAACUUGAGCACACAAAAAGAUAUCAAUUUUUUGACCAGGGAAUCUCAACAAAUCGUCGUGGUCUAGUGGUAUAGCAGAGAGACAGGUACGUCAGAGCUACAGGGAAGCGUUGGUUCAAAUCUCGCCGACUACCGAAUAAAAAAGGAAAAAGGAAACCGGGGGACAAUGGAGAGAGUGGUAGGUGAAUGAGAGGGGAAAAAAGAGAAAGAGACGAGUAGAAAAAGAUGAAAAAAGGACAGAAAUUGAAAUCCUCUUUUAUUAAUGCAGUAAGUAUUCAUUACCGAUGUACAUAUGCAAUACUCUGGGGAAUUCACUAUUGUCUUAGAAGACAAUAAGGCGGAUGCAUAAUUAAUGACACAGAAUGCAUAAUUAAUGUAUGGGGUUAUACGGAAAUUUUUCCGGAAGCGAAAACUCAAGUAGCGAGUUUACAAAAAGAGUUGUUCGAAAUUGUCCAUUUGAAAACCAAGUACAAAGUCGCAUUUUCCUAUCCUUACUGAAUUAAGUUUAGGUGCAAGGUACUUUUUCUUUAUUCUUUUGAGUAUAUAUGUUUGUUGGAAUUGUUGGGGGAAAAAUUUCAGAAUAAAGCCUUCUGCAAACUUUGAGGCUUGCCGUUACAGCUUUUAUUGGCAAAUUUGUCGUUUUUUUAUGGCGAAUUACUGUCUGUCUGCAAAAUAUGAUUCGCUAGGUUACUUUCUUUAUCCCGAAGACUCCACUGAGGUUUGCUUGUAUUUUAGACGGCAACGUGUUCGACCAUGUGCGAACUACACAGAGCUUUUAA